AUGAAGAUAUUAUCAAGUAAUCAAAAUUCACAAGAUUCUGUUAAUACCAUUAAGAAAUCUUAUCAAUUAUUUGAACAAAAAUAUGAAAAUUUAUCUAAUCUGAUUAGAAAUGCAAAAGAUAUUGAAUUUAAUAAAAUCAUUGAAUCAGUUUUAAAUCGUCCAUUAAUUCAAGCAAGUAAACCAAAUGUCGAUGAAAAUUUUAAACAAUCAUUCAAAUAUUUAUUAUAUAUAAAAUCAUUAUCAGAAUUUGGAUUACAUAAUCAUGAUGGAAAUUUCUUAAUUCCAAUUUUAUUGCUUAUCUUCCCUCAAGAAUCAUUAAUGGAAAUAUAUUGUUUAUUAGAAUUAAUUAAUCAAGAAGUAUUUCAACGUGAUUUCUUGCAUGAAUUAAAUUGUAAAUUAAAUCAAUGGGGAGCUUCAAAAACAAUUCCAAAAUCAUUAUCAUCAAGAAAUUUCACUGCUUCUGAAUUUGAAGGAUUGAAUUACAAUUGGAUCUUGGAAAUGAUUUUACAAUUUAGUGAUCAAUUACCAUUGAGUUUAAGUGCACCAUCAACCCCAAUCCUCGACCAACCCCGUCAAUGGGAAUCCCAACACCAACAGGCACAACAACAACAACCAGAAUCACAAGAACCCCAAAUACCCGAAGAAGAACCAUCACCAGCAUGUCUCCAACUCAUAUCCAAAUUAUUCACUCUUUUGAUAGUAUAUUCAAAUUCAAUCAAAACUAAAACCAAAAAUAAUUUAAAAGUUUGGGAAAGUUUUAUAAUUGCAAUAUUUGUUUAUUAUCAUUUAAAUUGGAAUGAUUAUCAAGAAUUGAUUAAGAAAAAUAUUCCAAUUCGGUUAAAUAACUCUCAUGAUUCAAGAGAGAAUUUGGAUUGUUUCGUUAGGAAAUGGAAAGACUUAUUUAAGAAGUAA